UUUGUUACAGAGAGGGGGGAUGAGUUGGAGCUUAUGAUCUGACGUUAUAUGUCUAGACAGUGAAUAGAUCGUUUACACAGCAUAAAGGGAUAAGUUAUUCAUUUGGUUUGGCCAAAGAUUUUGGUAGCUAGGUCCUCAAGGAAGUUCCAGAGAUCCGAAAAAGAGUUAAGAAGGGGAAUUUCGUCGUUCAUUUCAAGCCUCGACACCUAACUAGCUAGCACUAGUAGUUAGCUUUAGCCUGAGAGUCAAGCUAAACCAUCGCCUAAGCUAACGUGACAGUCACGUCAAUAGUUUUUACAAGAUCCUGUCCGCUCGGUGAAGGCAAAAUGAGCGCCCCUUCCUCUCAAAAAGUUGUGCUGAAAAGCACCACCAAGGUGUCCCUGAAUGAGCGCUUCACUAACAUGCUGAAGAACAAGCAGCCCACGCCAGUCAGCGUCAGAGCCACCAUGCAGCAGCAGCACAUGGCCAGUGCCCGCAACCGCCGCCUGGCCCAGCAGAUGGAGAACAGGCCCUCUGUGCAGGCCGCCCUGCAGCACAAGCAGAGCCUGAAGCAGCGUCUGGGGAAGAGCAACAUUCAGGCCAGGCUGGGCAGGCCCAUGGGCCCCCUGAUGCGGGGGGGUCCAGGAGGCCGGGGACUGCGAGGGAUGGCGCGAGGAGGACUCCGCGGCCGUGGCGGGCGAGGGGGCGCCUUCAGGGGAGCUCUGUCUCUCAGAGGCAUGGGGCAAGUGCGUGGCCGCGGAGGCCCCGGCCGUCUGGGGCUGCGCCGUGGCAUGCGGCAGCGAGGGGGUUUGGUGGGCCGCGGAGGGCCUCUGAUGGGCCGUGGAGGCGGGCCCGGGCGAGGCGGACUCGGAGUCAGAGGCCGCGGAGGGAUGGGUGUCCGGGGGCGUGGCGGAUUCCGAGGCAGAGGACGAGGCAGGGGCCGCGGGGCGGGCCGUCCCGCAGUCACCCGGGAGCAGCUGGACAACCAGCUGGACGCCUACAUGUCCAAGACCAAGGGCCACCUGGAUGCCGAGCUGGACGCCUACAUGGCCCAGGCCGACCCUGACAGCAUGGAGUAGCCUGCCACAGGAGCAUCCUGAGAUUGCAUACACUGACCCGACUCACUCACUUUGUAUCUGAAAUCAAAGGCUGACCGAUUGGCGCACAGCAGGCACACGCUGACCAGUUACCUAACAGUGUGCCCACUUAAAGCCCUUGCUGUGGCCACACAGGAAUAUAUAGACAUGGCAUCUCCAUAUCCUCCACAUAUCCCCAUACUCAUUUACUGAUGCUUUAAAUACCUUCUGUAGACAUUGUUUGACUGGCUUGGAGAUUAGCAUAUAAUUUACCAAAUUGUACAGCUGUGAACUUCAGUAAAAAAGUAUUUUACAAUCAUCACUUCUACCAAAAUUUUGAACGUGGCAGCAUUGAGUACCAUUACAAGUAGACACACAAACAGGUACAUCGCAUGUUAACUAAUGGGGACAAGAAUGAACAGAGCCUGAAAGUCUUGAAGGAAGAUGCUGAUUGGACAGAAAUCAGAACCAGCAGGGCCUGCUGUAGCCUGGCAGAACUUGAUUUGGAACGGAACCUCCUGGGAUGGUGUUCAUUGAAGCUGACCUGGAACAUCAUGAAUUGUUGCAUCAGAGCAAGUCGAUUCAUACAUUUGUUUGCAAUGAGACAAGCCCUUUCUCCCCCAGUGGACAUUUUUUUUUUUAAUUCUAGGGCUUUGAGACUUUGUUUUUAUGUCCAUGUUUUUAUUUUUAUGUUUUAUGAACUUCACAAUGUCCCAGACAAAGUGGAGGAUUGGUCAGCUGCUGUUUUACUCUGUGAGAGAAAUCAAAGUAAUGAGUUUUAGAUUCCCAGUCUACAAUGUACUUUUUGGUUUACUCGCAUUUGUCAAUUGUCCUUCAGUUCCCAGUCCAGGGACUGAUUCUGAUGAGAUUCAUGAAGAAUGUCAUAACUGUUGUGUACAUAAUUUGAAGGAAGUGCAAGGCAAACCGUUUUGUCUCCCAUAGUGUUCAGUAUGUAGUGGAAAUAUAGCGGGGCUUUUUUGGUAGCUAAAUGCUUUCAUUAUUUCCUGAUUAUCCCAUAACCGUUCUCAUUUUUUUACAACUCAGGACCAGGAGUGAACAGGCCAUGAUAAAAGUACUGUUCUUUAAUGUGUCCCUACCUGUGAACUUAAAAACAUGAAUUGGAAAAUAUAUAUUAGGAGAUACCCUGUCAAAAGUCCCAUUGCUUUCAUUAAUUCAUCCUUGAUUUCUUUAUGUAUUUAUUAAGUCUUUAAAGAAAAGUUUUGUUAGAAGCCCAAGAUGGACUGGAAUAUAUGGAAACUGUAAACAAGUCAUUAAAUAUAUGGUGUAACAGCACAUACAAAAAAAUGUACUCUACCAAAAAUGGUUCAGACAACUUUGUUAUGGUUUCAUAUGAGUCUUGCAUUGUUUAUUAAAGAUGGGUAUUUUAAAUGGUUAUCUGCUGUAUUGUUGCAGUUGUAUGUAAGGGCAUGAGGAAAAGUCAGUUUGUUGCAGUUUUGUAAGGUUUCUGCUUUGUUGGUUGAAAGGU